AGACAUAUUGAAUUUUCUAUAAAAAGUUAUCAGCAGAAUCGGUAUAGUAAAAAUACAUCCGGACCUCUUUAUUGGCAAUUAAGAAAGUUUAAAAGAGCUAUAUGUGAAAAGACAAAACCUCUCUAUUGCUCAAAGAUGGUAUAUCUCAAAUUGGCGGGUUUAAAAAUCUCAAAUGCAUUACUUAAUAAAAUUUUGUGCUUAUGCCUGAAUAUAAACUUUCUUAUUCUUGAUCGAAGUUAUGGUUUUAGUAAUAUACCAAUUAUAGAAAUUGCAAAAUAUUGUCUGAAGCUACUACAUCUGAGUCUUGAUGCGUGUACAGCUAUUACUGAUAGAUGCGUUAGUGAAAUAACACAAUUUUGUCCAAAUUUAAAAUACAUAAGUCUCACUUCUUUGUAUAGAGAUAGUAACGUUUCCAGUGCAUCUGUGAUUGAAAUAGCACGAUCUUGUCCCAAUCUAGUAUAUUUAAACCUUAAUGGACAACCUUCUAUUAAUGAUGAAUCAAUUUGUGCAAUUGCACGCUCAUGUGUAAAUCUUCAACACCUGGAUUUGUCGUUCAAUGAAAUAAUUACGGAUGAAGCUAUAAGUGUGAUUGCAACUGGCUGUCCAGAUAUGCGAAAUUAUUUUCUCGAAGGCUGUGAAUAG